CCAUCGACUCGUUUUCUUCUUCCCCACCGUCCACAAUGUCCAAGGUCAAGACGCUGAAGCCAGGAUACUACGGCGAGGGUUCCUACGAGGUCUCACCACCGGCAGGCCCAGGUGAGGGCGGCGUUCGUCGCUGCACCCUGGCCAAAGACGGCCUCGUCGAGCGACCGCUGGAGGGGAUUAACACCGUGUACGACAUUGUCGACUAUGCGGCACGCACACAUGGCUCCAAGAAGGCUCUCGGCUGGCGCGAGGUCGUCAAGAUUGUGGAGGAGGAGAAGGAAGUGACCAAGGUCGUCGAGGGCAAGGAGGUCAAGGAGAAGAAGGUCUGGAAGUACUUUGAGCUCAGCGACUACAAGUUCCACAGCUAUAUCGAGGUCAAGGAGAUCGUCUCCGAGAUCGCACGCGCCCUUGUUCACCUUGGUGUCUCUGAUAAGGACAUCUUCAACGUCUAUGCACAGACCAGUCCCAAUUGGCAGUUGAUGGCGCACGCCUGCGCAUCCAUUUCCACCACGAUUGCAACCGCGUACGAUACCUUGGGUGUCGAGGGAUUGACCCAUUCUCUCAAUGAACCCGAAUGUGUCGGUCUCUUCACCAACGCUGAACUCCUCCCAACACUCUACCGCGUUCUCCCCAACACUCCCACCGUCAAAUACAUCGUUUUCGACGGUGAACCCACCCAGAAGCUCAUUGACGAUAUCCACGCCGUUCGCGAGUCCAUCCAGGUCUUCAGCAUCAGCCAGCUCAGGGAACUCGGAAAGGACAAGCCCGUCGAGCCUCUCGAGGCCCGCCGUCCGAAGCCCGACACUAUUGCUUGCAUCAUGUACACUUCCGGUAGCACUGGCAACCCCAAGGGCGUGAUCAUCAAGCAUUCCAAUCUCGUCGCUUCCGUCGGUGCCGUCCGUUCCCUCCUCGGUCACCAUCUCUCCUAUGACGAUGCCUUCCUCGCUUAUCUCCCUCUCGCACACGUUCUCGAGUACAUUGUCGAGCUUAUCAUGCUCUUCGUUGGUGUUCCAGCCGGUUACGGACGCGUCAAGACCUUGACCGAUGCAUCGGUCAGGAAUUGCCAAGGUGACAUCAGCGCGUUUAAGCCGACGAUCAUGGUCGGCGUCCCCGCCGUGUGGGAGACGAUCCGCAAGGGAAUUCUCGCCAAGGUCCACGCUGGCGGUGCCCUCAAGAAGAGCGUCUUCAACGGCGCCAUGAACGCCAAGAAGAAGAACAUCCCUGUUCUUGCUUCGCUCGCUGAUAGCGUCGUUCUCUCUGGCGUCCGCGCCGCUACCGGAGGUCGGCUCCGUCUUGCUCUUUCUGGCGGUGCCGCUAUCUCUCGCGAGACCCAAGAGUUCCUGACUACUGCUUUGGUGACUGUCCUGCAAGGAUAUGGUAUGACCGAAACCUGCGGCAUGUGCGCUAUCCUUCCCCCCGAAUUGAUGAGAUACGACUCUGUCGGUCUCCCCGUUCCCUCGGCUGAAGUCAAGCUCCUCGACGCUCCCGAUGCCGGCUACCUUUCCACCAACAACCCACCUCAGGGUGAAGUUUGCAUCCGCGGUCCAUCUGUAACUCCCGGUUACUACAAGCGUCCCGACCUCAACAGCGACGAGACCGUCUUCAAGGAUGGAUGGUUGCGAACUGGCGAUAUCGGUCAAUGGAACCCUGAUGGAACGCUCUCGUUGAUCGACCGUCUCAAGAACUUGAUCAAAUUGGCCAGCGGCGAGUACAUCGCCCUCGAGCGCUUGGAGGCCAUUUACAAGUCUUGCAACCUCGUUGCCAACAUUUGUGUGCACGCUGUGCCUGCUGCUCAGCAACCGAUGGCGAUCAUUAUCCCCCACGAAGCCCAUCUCCGAAACACGCUUUCCGCAAAGGGUCUUGAUUCAACCGCUGAGCUUGGUGUUUUGUGUGCACGGGAUGAGGUUCGGGAUCUCAUCUUGAAGGAGUGCAAUGCUGUGGGCAAGAAGAAUGGGUUCAAGCAGCCCGAACUUCUCCAGGCUGUGGUGUUGACGCCUGAUGAGUGGACACCCGAGAGUGGGCUCGUUACGGCUGCACAGAAGAUCCAGCGCGCGAAGAUCUCGAAGCACUUCCGCGAGGAGAUCAGCGCUGUGUACAAGGUCUAAUCUCACUUUGCUCGCGCUCGCUCCUUCGCUCUUCGUCUCUCUUCCCGCUUUUGCUUCAUGUUUGGGACUGUAGUUUUAUAAGUAUUCCCACUCCAUACCAUCUUUUUGAUGAUUUCCUGUCUCUCUGUUUAUUGUGCUUCAGUUAUCUCUUGGGAUUUUCACGCCUGUGUUUCACGUAGCCAGUCACUUCAUUUUCCUUUUCCACACCCAGUCACAGUUUCCAUUAUUUUCUUUCAACGCGUUUCGACGAAUGUUUUGUGUAAUCUUACCCUGCUGUAUAUUUUUUGCGUGUUUCGCUAUGCAAUGGAUGUGUAACUGACUAGCGUUGGGUUGGGGUAUCAUGCCUCUCCCAUUGUGCGCCCUCGUGUAUGAAUUGUCCUUGACUAUGCCC